GCUGGAGGCCGAGGAUGGGCGCUGCCGCGUCGCAGCCCGCCCGCUUCGCCGGGAGGGGGAUGGCGGUGCUAGGAGGAGGGCGAGGCCGGCUGCUCCUGCCUUUCUCGCCGGCCGCCGCUCUUGGGAGGCUCUGGGGCGCCUGAGAGCCGCCGGUGGGCCUCGCCGGGGCAAGAAACUCUCUUCAGGAAAUGGCCAUUCCUAAAUCUUUGCUAAAUUGCCUGACCUUUAUCUUUGGAUCAGCAAUUGGAUUUUUCUUAUGUUACAUGUUGUUCAGUUUAAUACUGGAGGAACAGGUUAAGACUGGGCCUCGUAUCCUUUACAACAAUCCCCAUGGCCAUCACACAGAUGAUGAUGAAAGUGAUCAACUGCAUGGACAGAUGAAUUUCAAUGCAGAUGCUGGGCAACAUAAAGAUGAAGACAAAAAUAUUGCUGAAGAACUCCACCAGAGGGUAAAAAUCCUUUGCUGGGUAAUGACUGGUCCUCAGAAUCUGGAAAAGAAGGCCAGACACGUCAAAGCGACUUGGGCCCAACGUUGCAACAAGAUGCUGUUCAUGAGUUCUGAAGAAAACAAAGACUUCCCAACAGUGGGUUUAGAAACCAAAGAAGGUAGGGACCAGUUGUACUGGAAGACCAUUAAAGCUUUCCAGUAUGUCCAUGACCAUCAUCUUGGUGAAGCUGACUGGUUCAUGAAAGCAGAUGAUGACACAUAUGUUGCACUGGACAACUUGAGGUGGCUUCUUUUGAAGUACAAUCCUGAAGAAGCAAUGUAUUUUGGAAGAAGGUUUAAGCCUUAUGUGAAACAGGGCUACAUGAGUGGAGGUGCGGGCUAUGUGCUGAGCAAAGAAGCCCUGCGGAGGUUUGUGGAUGCUUUUAAAACCAACAAAUGUUCUCAUAGCUCUUCCAUUGAGGACUUGGCAUUGGGCAAAUGCAUGGAAACCAUUGGGGUAAAAGCUGGUGAUUCCCGGGAUACAAGUGGAAAAGAAACAUUCCAUCCCUUUGUGCCUGAACAUCAUUUAAUCAAAGGAUACCUACCCAGAACUUUUUGGUACUGGAAUUAUAACUACUACCCUCCUAUAGAGGGUCCCGGAUGUUGCUCUGACCUGGCAGUUUCUUUCCACUAUGUCGAUGCUGCCACUAUGUAUCAGUUGGAAUAUCUGAUUUAUCAUCUCCGCCCCUAUGGUUAUCAAUUCAGGUACAAUCCUGAUUUUCCUAAGACUUUAAAAAUGCAAAAUUUAAGUGACACAGCAAAAGACAAUGCAAAACCCAAAGUCGAAGGUCCUCUGAAGGCCUCUAAAUAAAAUGACGUCUAGUGCACUGAAGAAGCCUUAUGGAACGACAGACUAACACACUAAGCCUGCACAGAUGGCUAGAUAUUUUUUUUUGUCCUUUCAAGCGACUGCAGACUGCAGAUGUCAGAAAGAAGAUGUCAGAAAGAAGUUUUACAUGCAAUGAAGGAGAAAGACCAGAUUCUUUUUUUCCAGUGAGCUAUGUAUGCACAGGGGCUUCCUGCUACAAUCAACGACCCUUGUCCAGAUCCACAUGAUUAUGCAGUAUUGUAGCUCUUUGAAUCAGCGAAGCCAGUUCUUAAAAACUUCGGCUGCUUCGACUCCCAUGGAUUCAUGCAUGAAAAUAUAUUUCUAUAAAAAUUGUUAAAUAAAUUGUUUGCUUAGAUGCU